AUGCCCGGCGAGCUGGCCGCCAGCUGCCGCGAGCUCGCGGCGCCCAAGCGCGAGGCCAGGGCGCUCCGCCUCUGCACUCGAGGCGAGCUGGCGUUGCGGCGGCCCAGGCGCGCCAUCGAGGCCGCUGGCCGGGCGAUGACGCUCUUCUCAGAGCAGGGCGACACCCAGAGCGCCGACGAGAUGCGGGCGCUCUUCGCCCGGGCACAGAGCCUCAGGGAGGCCAUGCGCGAGGCCGCGCGCGAAGCCCGCCAGGCCUGGCUGCUCUUCAAAGAGCGAGGCGACCCCAGCUUGCUUUUUGAGGCGGCGAAAAACUGCCACGAUGCCCAGCACCAGUUCGAUGACCAGAACGUGCUGCUCUUGCGGCGCCUCUGA